AUGUGUCCAAAAAAGAGCGCAAAAGAGAGCAUAAGAAAGUGGAAAAAAGCUGUUGGCAGAGAAAUAUGGGCAUUUUUCUCGACCCUGAUUUUCUUCCUUUCUACUUUUUGUAUCAUUUACUAUGCAACUGCAAAUAAUGCUCAAACGUAUAAAAUCGAGCUGGCGAUUCCAUACGAUUUCCUCCUUGAUUCCAAAUCUUCAUUAAAACUACCUAAGUUUCUGAAAAAACCGAAGACCUGCAGCUCUGAUAAUUUAAUCGUCAUAUCCAUUGAGCCAAGAAGAUCGCUAGAGAAGGAUGAUGAAAUGGAAGAAAAUGAGACUGGGAAAUUCAUCGAAGCCGCAGAAAAAUCAAGAAAAGAGAUUCUCUCCUUAGCGCCAGCUGAUUUUUCCGGGCUGUACUUCAUGACAAAUGAGUUUGCAGAAGACAAGGCAAAAGACUACGGGGACAAUUUCCUCGUCACUCUCUCCCGAAGCGAGGCAAAACUCAACUCAACCCUGGCCAUGUCCGCGAUCGACUGGUUUCUAUCGAAUUGCUCUGAAGAAAAAUCGCUGAUCAUAACGAGCUUCCCGUCGAAAUUGAAUUUGACGGAGGUGAUGGAAGGACGCAACGUGAGAAUGAGCCGGAGAAAGCCCGAUAGAAGGCAUCAGAAGGGAUUGAUUGAGUGCUUAUUUGGAUUCUUUCAAAAGCCUUCGAGAAAUAAGAAACCGCUGCCAACUGCCUGCGCUCGUGGAGGAUAUUUGAUUCCUUACCGGGAGCUUCAGAAGAUUCAAAAAGUUUCAGAGCAGACCAAAACCCACCUGAAUCCAGAAAUGGCGAUUACAGGCAUUUUCCGAGAAAAAGCCGAAUUAAAAAUUCAUGACGCAACACCAACGAUAAAGCUUCCCGGCCGUCACUCAAUAAUGAAAAAGCAGCCAGAGUAA